AUGGAGAAGGAAAGCCGCGCUCAGAAAAAAAAGAGGAAAAAAGAUGAACGACAGGGAAGCGUUGGAAGCGAGGAGGGCGGGGGCCCCAACAGAGGAAGCAGUUGCGAGGAGAGCGGCCUAGAUGAGGGCCCCCCUGACAAUAAUGACGCCUCGGACAGCCAAGACGAAAUGAGUAACUUGGAGGACCUCCCAGAAUACGAAAGAGAACUUAUCCUCGCGAAGAGGCAUGAAGAACAUAUGAUAAAGGAACAUCGGAGGAUUCUCCUAAAAAAGGUGAAGCCCCAGUCGCAAGCGGAGAGAACAGAUCAGGACGAUGACGCCAACUAUGUUGUCCAUGGGGGGAAAUCAGUUGUCCCUGCUCCGGGUAGUAAAGCUGCACUGGGGAAGGCGAAGAAGAAAGUUGCUCCCCCCCCGAUGGAGAAAGCGGACGUGUCGGGUAGGCCCACAAAAGAAGGGGCAACAACCGGAAAGAAACAAAAUAAACAGAAUGUGAAGACACGAAUGGGAGGUACCACUGCGAGUUCUGUCGUGGAGAAAAACCUACACAGAAGUGACGCACAUGAUGAGUUCAAAAAAGGGAAGGAUUCCUUUCUGUCCCAGGUGCAGGAGAAAGAGGCAACCAAGCGGGAAGAAAAGGAGAAGCUUGAUUACCAAACUGAUGGAGUGAAGGGUGCCACAAAAGGAGACGGCGUUAAGGGGAGGCGCUUAAACAAAGUCUGCAACGACACGGAGGACUCCUCCCCGUCAGACGAUUCUUCUCGUAGAAAGAAGAGCGUAAAGAAGAGAGUGAAGAAAAAGGAAACCCUACACACACAGGAGGGACUUAGCAACAAUUUCGAUGUCAUGAUCACGUCAGAUGAGAGGAACGAGUUAUCCUCUAAUGAUAAGGGGGAAAAAAGAGAAGACUGGAAUAAGAAAAAGAAAGUGCUGAGGAAGGGGUCCCACCUGUAUGAUAGUAAACAGCCACUACGUCAUAAGGGUUCCGACCCUGAGGAUAGCGGUGAGAGUGGCGACAGUCGAGGUAGCCGCUAUAGCCGCUACAGCCGCGACGGUGAGAAGAAUAAGCGAGAACACCGCACCCCAAGUAGGAGCCUCACAGAGGAUUACCAUGAAGGGAAUAAACUCUUCGACGAUUCGAAAGACCCAAUUGAGCCAUACGGAGGAAAGGGAGACCCUUCUGCAAAAGAGACACAAACACCUGAACGGUUAAUACAACUUUACAAAGAAGAGAAAAAAAUUAAACUAGAGGUAUAUAAAUAUAUGACCUACGAGAUUAUUACUUAUUUUCAAUUAAAGAAAACAUUCCUCCUAGAUAUGAGUGAGCAUAUCAAUUUUGUCUACCAUGUCAUUGGUCACUUGGUGAAGGUUAACGAUGUGAAUCUGAUGGUUAGACUUGCCGGUGGGGAGAGAAUCAAAAGUGACCCCGUUGGCAGUAACACGGUUGCCAGUAAUCGAAUGGGAAGCAACCCCGUUGAGGGUACCCCGCUUGUCAGCACCGCUGCCCCUGGGAAGAGUGCCCCCACGGACCAGAGGAGAAACGCGAAAGAGGUGAACCCUCCCAAUGAGGAAGGAAUCAACACAACAAGUAACCCGACAAACCAAAACGUUAAGAAAAAAAUCUUCUUCAUAACCAACGUUGUAAAGAGCGAAAACUACUUCUGCGUCGACAGACACACAAACGUGAAAUUUGAACUAGCCCAUUUGGACAACAUGCAAAAUAUACUCUUCUUCACCCGAAUGAAGAAUCAGAUGAUUAAAAAUAAGAGGCUAAAUAUAAAUGAAGUAACAUCGCAUGAUAAUGCUUCCCUCUCCUAUCCUGGUAGUAGUACCUUCCUCUGUGACCUGAGGAAUAUAUCUGAUCAGAAAUUCAGCGUGGACGAAUAUAACUGCAUUAAGUUAUUUUCCAUCGAUUUACAAUUUUUAAAAAAUUUCCAUCACUUUUUGAGAGAAAAAAUUGAAGACCUAAAAAACUUUCGUUAUACUGAAAGGCAAAUUGAACACUUAGUGGAGAUGAAGAAGAAGCAGAGCUUUCAUGAGAUUUUUAGCAACAGGAAGAGUCUGGACGCUGUGCCUAUAUCUCGUAUCACUGUCCAGAGGGAAAUAUGUUCCAUUCAGCGAGAAAUCGAUACGCUCAAUUACGCAAAGAGGAGAGCCAACCCCCGGGACCUGCAUGCCCUGUCACAACUGGGGCAUCAGAUUGACACGCUCACCAGGAAGAAGGACAUCCUCAAGGGGCAGUUGCAGAAGACGCGAACGAACCUCGCCCCUAACAGAACCCUGGAGGGGGUCCACCACGAGCCAGAUAAAACCAUCUCCAAGGAGAAGCCCCUCAGGAGCUACAGCGGCGCCCCCCUCAAGAGCUACAGAAGCGCACCCCUGAUGGAGGAACUCCCCCACAAAUUGCUCGGAGUGGAAGAACGGAGAGGCAUCUCCCGACUGGCGAAUUACAUACACGAGGAAAAAAAAAGCUUUAUCAAUUUUGUCACGGGAAAGUUCGCUGAUCUGCCUCUGGACGUGCACAACAAAAUUGUCAGCCACUUUCUGCUCGGCUGUCUGCAGAGGGAACAAGCCUAUUUGGACAAUCCGCCGGCGGACAGUUCCGAGGAAGGAUCAGAGGAAGAAUCGGGAGAAGACUACCAUCUCUUCGGGGGUAACAAAUGA